AUAAGAGCUGCUUUAUUUUAUCAACGUUUUUUAAAAGGCUUCUGGAUUUAACAUGAAUGAAAUUCCUCAACCUUUCACCGAAACAUCUACCAAUCAAUCGAUAACAAAAGGAGAGAAUGUCACUUUAACUUGUCGCAUUAGACAAUCAGCGGGAACUGUUAUUUGGGUGAAAGGUCAAUCAUCUCUAAAUGCUUCCUCAAUAAUAAACGCCACAAGCCGAAUACGAAUCGAAAGUAAUUCCGAUAUUGGGCUCUAUCAACUAAAAAUUAUCAAUGUGAACCUACAAGACGAGUCUAUCUAUAGAUGCUACGUCGGACAUAUAUUUACCAAUGACGAUUUAACUUACUUUGAGUCGCAAGUCCUGGUAUAUAUUCAUCCACAAGAACCAUUUCCACUGAUUAGAACAACUGGGCAAGACGAUAAACUUGAAAGGUAUGUUGUUAAUAUUGGUGACGUCAUCAACAUGAAAUGUGAAGCUAAUCUCAGUAAGCCAGCUGUCAAAUUAUCAUGGUUUCUUGAUGACUUACAUGUAAAGACAGCUAAUGAAUACACAGAGACAGAAGAUGGUAUAACAUAUAAUACAUCAAUUGAGUUUUUAAAGACUGCGACAGUGGCAGACAACAUGAAAAAAUUAGAGUGUGCAGCUGAAAGCCCAACAAUUGAAAGACGGAGCAGCAUGUUGACCCUAAAUGUUACAUAUAAACCAUUGGUAGAGGUAAAUCCACAAUCCAUCACCACCGAAGAAGGUGAAGAUGUUUCAUUCACGUGUAACUCAACUGCUAAUCCAAUGACUUUUUCAUACACGUGGAUUAUUGAACUUGACAAUGGAACGAAUCUAGUUAAAGCCAGUCAAAACCUAAAACUGAAUAGAGUAACAACAGGCUUUGAUAAUGCUAAAAUCAAAUGUGAAGUCGAAAACUCAAUCGGAAGAUCACAUGCAAAAGUUGUAAACUUUACAGUCAAUGGACCUGGAGCACCGUUAUUCGUGAUUUUACCCUGUAUAGGAUCGAUGUUUCUUUUCAUGAUCACCAUAUUGUCCGUGCUGGUGUACAAAUACAGGUUUAAAAUACGCAUGAUGAAAGUGCGCCAAAAUGUUUUCAAAAACACUGCUGGAGGGGGCGAGAAGGAGUUUGAUUUCUUCAUUGCUUAUAAAAGUGGAGGGGAUGACGAAGACUUUGUUGUGAAUACCCUGACACCUAAACUAGAAGAAAUGGGUUUCAAUGUUUGUGUCCAUUUCAAACACUUUUUACCUGGCAGUUCCAUCAUUGAUAACAUCACCGAGUCGGUUCACAACAGUUGGAAGACAAUGCUUGUACUUUCGCCCGCGUUCCUUCAGAGUGGUUGGUGUCAUUACGAAUUUAAAACCGCUUGUGGUAAUAUGCUGAAACAACGAGUCGACAUACUGCCGAUCAUUUACGAAGAAAUACGAAAUCUACCCGACCUUGACGACAACAUACGGACGCUUAUCAAUACAAUAACAUAUCUUAACUGGAACAGAGGAAACAUUAAUGAGGAACAGAAGAUACAGUUCUGGAAGGACAUUAUGAAGUCUGCACCACGAAAACCGCAUUGUGGCGUCACAAGACGAAGAAAUGAUACAAUUACAGUAGUAGAUCUUGAAUGACCGUGUGAUGACCGUGAGAUAGUGAUUACAAUUCUUGCAUACCCAGAUCACCUAUCAUCAAUUCUGUUUCACACACUCUCAUACUGGUGAUACUAUAGCAAUUAAACUUCGGGCAACCGGUUGGUACUAUGGUACACUGUUUCACGUGCAAAAAAUGCAAAACAAGAACGAAUGUAUUUUUAGCUCUGAUGAGGAGCACCAGGAAUACCCAGCUGAUUGAUUAGUUGAUCUAUUUUGUGCUGAUUGCUUAAUACUGCGUGUUACGGCUAAAAUCAAUAUAGUGCGCCCUCAAUGUAUCUGCACAAGAUUUGUGUGCCCCAUUCACUUUGACCAAAAGUUAAAUCAAAGUGUUGACUUUGAGCUUGACUUUGAUUAACCACUGUUUAAAAACAUCACUCCCUGCUCCCCUGACUAUAUCAAAUUUCCUAAGCCAUGACAAAUGCAAUGCUCAAAGUGGCCUGAAUUCCUUUAGUAGACCCCACCUAAUCAUUCCAUCGUUAGCUUACCUUCAAUCCAGUUUACAUAUACAGUAUUCCAUACCCUUUUAAGGAAUUUUAUAAUUUCAAUUCUUCAUUAUUUGGCGUAUAACCCACACAUAACGUAAGUUUGUAUUUCUUGUUUAAGAACCAUUAUUGUUGUGGACUAUUUGUUAGUUUAUUAAUAAAGUUUACGUAAUUUAGAAUUUUUUCAUGAUCAUUAUUGAAUAAUUGUUAAAUGUAUUAGCUCAGAGUGUACCUAAAAUAACACGGAGCUGCACUUAUGUUUAAUGACGUAACGACUGUAGUAGUUAACUACUGUUAUAUUAAUUAAUCCAUGAUUGAUCUAAAUUCAAAUAGUUGGAAUAGUUUCGAUUAGUUUUAUUGACAAAAUCAUUAUCUAGUAGUUUGAAUUAUGAUAUAGGUUUAAUUGCAUUUUAGGAUGUUAUUAAUUAUUAGUACAUGCAAGUAGCGCGUAUAAUAGCGCAUAUAUGCAUUUUAAUGUUUAUAAAGCCUCGCUCGUCCAGGGGGAAACGAACGGGUCACGAUUUAUGUUCGUCACGCUUGACUGAGCACAUCGUUGAGUGACGACACUUUAUAGUAGUAGAUGCUAAAUUUAGAUAUAUCUGCCAAGGAUUAAGUCCUGGCCUAUAGGCUUUAAUAUAAUGCUUUAAUAUAGGUAUAUAACUCUUUUAUAUUUGUGUACGUGCUUAUAUAUUGUUGUUUUACUUUACAGUUUAAACCGGAUAACAGUUCAUUAGUCCAUCGGUACUUAAAUCAGAUAUUGCGUUUGAAUAAAUGCUACAAUUGCGUUACUAUA